AUGAUCCAGUACUUGGCCAACUUUCAACCUCAAAACCUUGGAGACCUGUUAAUGGGGUCCCAGACUCUCCAGGCUGCGACUGGAGUUGUCAAGGAGAUAACAGUAGAGGCGCAGGUAAUAGAAAUGAGCCAAAAUGUUUAGCUUUCGUUAACGUUAAUGCUUAGGUACUGACUGGGUGGACUGCGGUAAAACAGAAUGAGAGACCUAGGAGAACGUCACCGUUAUAUAGAUUUAGCCAAAGCCAAACGUGAAACUCUUAUGAAGUAAAGUUUUGUGAACCUGCGACCACUUGAAUGCGAUAACUGGUCAGCGGAGACCUUUAAAAAACUCAUCACCUCAAUAAAUUGUACACAGUCAUUUCAGACUGGUCAGCGGGUACCCAAUUUUGACAGCUGUCAAUUGAUCUUAAAAUGUAUGUCCAUUAUCAACUUAAACAGAAAUACGUUAGAAUUUAAGCAGUGCCUUUUUAUAAGCGUGAACGUAGAAACUUUUAUAAUAAUGAGGGCAUCCAAAUCUUGCUGUUUUAACAAAAUUGCACAUAGAUAAAAAGGCACCAAAUGUGGGGCAAAUUCGCCCAACUGAGACACGAUUUGGUCCGCCCGCGUUUCAUUUAAUACAGAAAGAAGUGUGAGCUUUGUUGAGCCAAAGGGGAAGGCGUACAAUCCCAUACAAAUAACUUGCUAAUUGCCCGAUACUGGUGAAAGUGAAUUACAUGUAGUGUUGUAUAAUGUUUCCUUAAUUGUAUUUCUGCAUGCGCUCUCUCUUGUAAGGCUCUAGCAACAAAGCAGUAUGCCAACAUGGUUCACACACUACUGAGAAAGGCCCAAGGUGGAGAGGAUGGGGGAGCCAUUGAAAAAAUCUCCAAUGAAAUGCUGAACGGGUUAUCAAAUCUACUGCUUGCUUCUUCGGUCAGUUACUCUGAUAGUUCAAAGGAAACAGCCGAUAGAGAAAUAGCAGAGGUAGGAAGGAUUAUAUACGUCGUCAUCCAU